ACCGUCAAGAAUGUGGAUAUUUUGACACUGUGGAUCUCAGGGAUAGCCAAAGACUUGACAAUGGAUCAUAUUUUUACAAGGAUAUUUUAAUCCCAAGUGAGAAAGUUCAAGAAUACAGUUAUCGUAUAACAGUGUUCAAUUCUAAUAAGACAGUCGAUCCUUAUUUGAGAGGUUGUCUCUGUCACAUCAAAUCGUGUGUGCUUUUGUGUUGUGAACCAACAAAGCUAAUGGAAAACAAAAUGUCCUUAAAUAUGACGCUUAUAAACGGAGCUGAGUCCCAAGUUGAUGUAAGAAAUGAAUUCGUAGUGCAAGUAAAAUAUGAAAUACCAUGCGAUAUGUUGGAUGAUCCAAAUUAUAAUGAGCAGUCCCAACCUGACUGGAAACUAUUUCAGGAUGGAACGCUUUAUAAUCUGACCAGUAAUAGCGCUCUAGAAAAGCAAGACUAUUGCCUGCUGCCACAUAAAUUAGAUGAAAAUUAUUAUCUUUUACCUCAGAUCAUAAAGAAGGAUAGCGAAACUGUUAUAGAGCUGGACUUUAUUAGUGCCAUAAGAGUUAUCUCUGUGUUCUGCAUAGUUAUAAUUAUUGCAGUGUAUUUGUAUUUGCCUCAUUUGCGAUCCAGAGCCUACAGUCAAUGUUGUUUAUAUUACUUUAUUUGCAUCGUCAUAAGUUUUAUAUUACUGUGGGUAGAAUCACUAACAAGGAGCAACAAACAGCGGCUGGCAUGCUAUUUCAUGGCAUGCUGUGGGUAUUACAUCGUCAUGUCUGCAUUCCUUUGGCUUCUGGUUAUUAACUAUAAUGUUUGGAAAUUACUCACCAAAUACCAGCAGGAAACAAAGAUGAAGAAGAGAUAUCAUAUUUUUGUUUGGGGGACUGCGUGGAUAUUACUUACGAUCACUGUAUGCGCUGAUUGCUUGAGUCAAGGCAUGGAAGACAUUUGGUGGCAACCUGGUAUAGCUGUGUACUACUGCUGGAUCAAUACUAACGAUUGGUCAGCCCUGAUUUACUAUUUUGGACCUAUAUUGCUCAUAAUUGUUAUCAACCUAACACUCUCCACCGUUACGGUAAGGCAUAUAUAUGUAGAAACCAGAAAGAAUGCCAAAGAGUGGAACAAUUCGGAGAGUAAAACGACUUUAAGGAAUAAAUCUGAUUUUGUCAUGUUUCUCCGAAUGUUUGUCAUCGCGGGAGUAGUCUGGGGACUUGAAGUUCUUUCCUAUUUAUUUGAUUUAAAUUCUGAACUCGUUAUACGUUAUGUCUUUGAUAUAGUAUCAACUGGACAAGGAUUAAUACUGUUUUUCGUUACCAUCUGGAAGAAAGACAUUAUAAAGGCUCUAUAUAAGAGAUUGGAGUCAAAAACAAGUCAUACUAAAAGUAAAAGCAACAUCAGUGAAAACAACGCCACAUCAACUUCCACAUAGUUUGGAAACUAUUAUUUAAUUUUACAAAAAUGUUUCUGAAAUUAUUUUUGCACUUGUAGAUUCAUAUAUUAAAAUGUGUAUGAGG